AUGAAGCUUCAUUCAUUUUACAUUCUGCUACUAUCUGUGCUUUCUGCAACACUUCAUUGUUUCUGCCAACAAGAAUAUCUUAACAACACUGUCUACGAUUGCUCUUUCAACCUCACAACAACUGCAGGAUAUGUCUGCAAUGGCCUCCAAAAGUCAUGCACUUCCUUUGUAACUUUCAGAUCAAGACCUCCUUAUGACACCCCCCUAAGCAUUGCCAAUCUUCUUGGCUCUGAAGCAUCUUCCAUAGCCUCCAUCAACAACAUCUCAAGCAGCAGCAACAACAUUGCUUCCAAUCGAACCGUGAUUGUUCCGGUCUAUUGUUCAUGUUCAGGCAAUAUCUACCAGCAUGCCACUUCUUAUGACAUGAAAAGAGGAGAUUACUACUUCAAAUUGGCCAACAAGACUUAUCAAGGCCUUGUUAAUUGUCAGAUGUUAGUACGUCAGAAUUAUUACCUUCCUGUCAAUAUCAGUGUUGGUGCUCAAGUUACAGUUCCUAUGUUGUGUACUUGUCCCACAGCAAAACAGAUCUCAGAUGUCUCCUCCUUGCUGGUUCAUACCCUUGACUAUGGAGAUUCACUUGAGUCAGUUGCAGAGACCUAUGGUGUGGAUCAACACAGUCUGAUAAUUGCUAAUGAAUUGUCUUCAAAUGCCACUAUCUCUCCUUUGACCCCUCUUUUAGUUCCCCUUAAACCCUCCUCUUGUAAACUCAACUCAAGUAUGUUCUUCUGUACCUGUUCAUUCUCUCAGAUUUACCUUCCAAAUUCAAGUUCCAACGCUCUCAAUUGUGGUCAUCUUCAACCUGAUUCUCAUCAUUUUCCACUCAGAUUGGUUGCUUCCAUAGGUGUUGGUACUGGUGCAGGCUUUUUGUGCUUAUUUCUUUUGGGUUACAAGUUACAUGAAUGGCUUAAAAAAAAGAAAGAAAGAGUUCUCAAGGAAAAAUUGUUUAGGCAAAAUGGAGGUCUAUUGCUGCAAGAAAAGAUGUCACAUUAUGGAAACAGAGACAAAGCAAAACUUUUUACAGCAGAAGAACUGAAACGAGCAACAGAUAAUUACAAUCAAAGUAGGUUUCUUGGUCAAGGUGGGUAUGGAACUGUUUACAAAGGAAUGUUACCAGAUGGUACCAUUGUUGCAGUCAAGAAGUCAAGAGAAAUAGUGAGAAACCAGAUUGAGACUUUUGUUAAUGAAGUGGUGAUUCUAUCCCAAAUAAACCAUAGGAACAUUGUCAAACUCUUGGGUUGUUGCCUUGAGACUGAAGCUCCAUUAUUAGUUUAUGAAUUUAUUCCCAAUGGAACACUUUCUUACCAUAUCCAUGACCGAGAAUUUAAAUCAAACCUUUCAUGGGAAAACCUUAGAAUCGCUUGCGAGGUUGCCGGGGCAGUUGCAUAUAUGCAUUUUGCAGCUUCCAUUCCCAUCUUCCAUAGAGACAUAAAAACUUCCAACAUACUCUUGGAUCAUAAUUACAACGCCAAAGUGUCUGAUUUUGGGUCUUCCAGAUCAGUUCCCCAAGAUAGGACUCACUUAACAACAGCAGUACAAGGAACUUUUGGGUACAUUGAUCCUGUAUACUUCCAAUCCAGCCAAUUCACAGAUAAAAGCGAUGUAUAUAGUUUUGGGGUUGUACUUGUAGAACUCAUUACUGGAAGAAAACCCUUCUCAGAACAAGCUGAGGGACAGAACCUUGUUGCAGAAUUCAUUUCUUUGAUGAGGAAUAAUGACCAAGUUUUCAAGAUUUUAGAUGCUAGAGUUGUUAGUGAAGGAAGGAAGGAUGAUAUUCUUAGCAUUGCAAAUCUUGCAAUGAGAUGCUUGAGACUCAAUAGGAGGAAGAGACCCACAAUGAGAGUGGUUUCAGCAGAGCUAGAAGCACUGAGAAUGACACAAGAUUCCUUAGAGAUUGCUGAAUGUUCUAUUGAGUUUCAAAAUGAUAAUGACACGACCUCUUCUUUUGAAACAAUCCAAGAAUCCACAGAAGAAAGCAUGUCAUUAUUUCUCCAGAUGGACUCCACAUCCAUCUGAAAGUGAAGCAGGCACCUGCAAUAUUCUUUGUUCCUUUGUGUACAUAAGGUCCAUAUACUUAGCAGGAGAGAUUGUGCCAUGGACAAACUGUACACGUCGGGAAGCACAACAA